GGCGUCUGCUAAAUGCUGAUGUGUUAUUUCUCAUUAAUUGUUCAGCCGUGCCAGGAAUUAUUUAUUGUUUCUCGACUGCCAUUUACAGGGUUAUUCUUUCGUCAACACUGUGAUUGUCUUGUUUUCACCGUCUGAGACGGUGUUUUGUUGAUGUCUGUGGAACUUUUUACAUCGUCGCUGUCGCACCUAUUCCACUACCGUCCGUUUCUCGUCACACGCAUCGUCUCGGCCAUGCUCAACAAAUUCAAAAAUGCGUUUUUCUCCGUGGUGAACAACUUGGACGCAACGUCAACAGACAAAAAUAAUGAUAUAGGUCCUAAUGGUGAACCAAAAUUACCCCUAAAAUUUCCAUACUCCAGACCACACUUCCUGCAGCUCAACGGUGAAGAUGAGAUCCAGGUGGCUGGAGAUCACGCCAUCAGACCCAUUAUUGUUCCAAGAGACAUUACCAAAAUCCCCUGGAAUUCUGGUUAUGCAGAGGCUGUCAAUGCUGGCAAGUCCUUAAGGAAUGAAGACCAGGCAAGAAUCCAUGUGGGCUACCUGGAAAGAAGACAUUCCGACAAUGGUCACUCAGCUGAAACUACUGAAUUUCACACGCCACCCUCCACCCCAGAGAAAGAUUCUACAACACAGAGACCCAGACAAAGGAUACCUUAUGCAUAUUUUGCUCUUUUUGAUGGUCACGCCGGAACCGGAGCGGCAAUAUCGGCAGCCAACGAACUUCACUGCAUUCUUCACGAUAAAUUAAUGGAUGUGAUUCAUCAUUUGCUACCUCCUACAGACACAGGCGAGUGUGCCCAGAAUGGUCGCAAUCAAGUUCUGUGGUUUCCCGAGAGAGAGAUUAGUGUGGAAAGUUUCAUUGUAGGAGCAUUAGAAGCGACGUUCCACGAGAUGGACAAUUUGAUCGCUGAAGAUCGAUUCGUGUAUCGUGUAACAGGCGGCUGUACAGUGGUCGUAUCUCUUUUCAUUUGUGGCAAACUCUUUGUGUCGAAUGCUGGAGACUCACGAGCCGUUCUCUGUCGUGGCCGAAAGGCUUUCCCGUUAUCAAACGACUUCACUCCCGAAACAGAACGCCAACGAAUUCGCAAGCUGGCCGCACUGCAGCCAGAGCUGCUGGGUGGCGAAUACACGGCGUUGGAUUUUUCCCGUCGUCCCAAUCGACGCGAUAUCGGUCAGCGGUUACUCUACCGCGAGCCCCACAUGACCGGAUGGGCAUACAAGACGGUCACACCAGAAGACCUCAAGUUCCCCGUCGUCUACGGUGAAGGCAAGCGGAGCCGUGUCCUGGCGACCAUCGGUGUAACUCGUGGCUUCGGUGACCAUGACUUGCGUGCCCCCAAUUCCAACAUCCUCAUCAAGCCUUUCCUUUCAUCACAACCCGAGGUUCGCAUUGUGGAUAUAGAAAAGGAAGCCAUUUACGAGACGGAUGUGUUAGUGAUGGGCACUGACGGUCUGUGGGACGUGACGAGCAACGAGCGCGUUGCCGAAUCGGUCCAGCGCAGUUUGGAGCAGUUCCCUAUCGAGGACAGUGCAAGGUAUCGAUACCGCUUCACGUCGGCUGCACAAGAUUUGGUGAUGUGCUCUCGCGGCAAGCUGAACGAGCGCAGUUGGCGAACAGCUGAUAGCAAAUCGGCCACGAUCGAUGACAUUUCCGUCUUUGUCAUCCCAUUGGCCGCCUACAAGGAGGAGUAUCUACGUUGGAAACUCGAAAUGGAAUCUCAUACUCUGCGCCCGGAGACUAAAGCGGCGGACAUUCCGGUCAAUGAACCGGUCGGAUCUUUGUCGACAGUCAGCGUGGGCAACCAGCCGGGUCGAAUGACCGAGCCCGCCAAUACGAACGGUACACCUGCUGUAAAUGAAACUGCCCUAUCGGACCCGUCUCUCGACGCGGUUAGUGUCGAAAAGGACGAGGGCAUCGUCGUCAUGGAAGAAGAAGCUGCCGUCGUCACCGCUGCCGACAGUGCGCUGCCUCUGAACGAGGCUGUUGAUCCCUUGCAAAUUCCCGCCGACGGAGCGGCCGGCCUAGAAAAUAACGAGUCCAAUUCGUAAGACUUGUUUGAGCAUUCGUUUUUUUGUUUAUUGACCGUCAUAGGUUCGAGUUGCUUUUUUCGACCGCUAGAUGGCAUUGGCGGACGCGUACAAAAAAAAAUGAAGGGAAAAAGCGCUGCAUCUUCUUCCUUUUUCUUUUGGUUCCCCCCCUAUGGCGAAAAAAAAAAAAAUUACCGAUCGCCUUAAAAAUUUUUCUCUAUUAUUAUUAUUAUUCAUCUAAUCUUAUCCAUUCCUUUAUGUUUUGUUUUGUUUCCGCGUUUUUGUCUUUUGAAAGAAAUAACGUGCUCAAUAGGGAACGUUGGCGGUAGGCAUCUUGGAGCGAGGGAAUGGUGGUUCGUGGUCAUCGAUUAUUAGCAAUUUUGUUUGAAAGAAAAACUCGUUGUAUACUAAUCUGAAUAGCAAGAGAGUGAAAAAAAUGUGAUUUGUCAAAUGCACCUAAUAAUUCCUAUUGUUAUACUCCCCCCCUCCUCAGUGUCUAUCUUCAUUACGAAAACUGUAAAACAAAACACAUUCAUACAACUGUGAGAAAGACGAAAAUAAAAAAAUUAAUACAAAAUACGAUACCGCCGCUUGAAAAUGAAUGCCGGCUACUUAA